CUAUCGCUGUUUGCCAUUACUGAUGCUACUGAUGCUACUGAUGCUACUAAUGCUACUGAUUCUGUUGCUGCUGCUGCAGCUGCAGAUGAUGAUGAUGAGAAUGAGGUUGAUAUAAUAUAA